ACCAGGUGGUAAUGGCCCACUAAUAGAUACUCAGCAGAGUUCAACACAAGAGAAACCUGUCACUUGGUUUGGUUCCAGGAUGUUUUUAAAUUCUUCGGUGCCGUGAACCUGAUUUCAAAUCUUCUGACAUUUAGGUAAAAUCAGCCAUUAACAGGUGAUUGACCUCAUGCAACAUUUGUGCAGACCACAUGACCGUUCAAAGGUCGUGUGGGUUUGUGAUAUAAGAGGCAGAAUCAAACAGAGAGAGUAAAUCAAUCAGAAUCCCAACCUCAUCAUGUUUACCUCUGUGGCUUUAGUCCUCCUGGUCCUUGUGCUCGUCCUGCUCCUCUUGCAGAGCCACAGGGCUAAAGGUUUCCCUCCGGGACCCCGAGCCAUUCCCGUCUUUGGAAACCUGCUGCAGCUCAACCUGGAGAGUCCCAUUGCAGAUCUGGAGAGGCUGGCCAAACGCUAUGGAAACAUCUACAGCAUUUUCAUUGGUUCCAGGCCAUGGGUGGUAAUCAACGGGCUCCAGGCCAUGAAGGAAGCUUUGGUCAACAAAGCUAUCGACUUCUCAGGCCGACCACAAGACCUCAUGGUCAAUCAUGCCGUUAGAAUGAAAGAUCACGCUCCAGGAGUGAUCCUGGCAGAUUACAGCCAGAGCUGGAGGGAGCAGCGACGCUUUGGCCUGAUGACCCUGAGAAACUUUGGUCUGGGCAAGCAGUCCAUGGAGCAGAGGAUUCUGGCAGAGAUACGUCACAUCAUAAAGGUUCUGGAGGAGAAUAUUGGUAAGACCAUGAAUCCUCAGAUGCUGUUCCACAACGCAGCCUCCAACAUCAUCUGCCAGGUUCUGUUUGCCAAACAGUUCGACUACGCCGACGACUUUAUGAAGUAUUUUGUCAGUGUUUUUCAAAAGACGUCCAAAAUAAUCAACGGGCGCUGGGGUAUGAUUUACGACUCUAUUCCCAUGGUGCGCUACCUGCCGCUGCCCUUCCAGAAAGCUUUCAAGUUGUUCAAGGGUGCACAAGAGAGACAUUUACAGAUGUUGACUGAGAACAAAAAGACUUGGGUUCCCGGGAAACCGCGACAUUUCAUAGACUGCUACCUGGAUGAACUGAAAAAGAGAGGAGACGACGGCUCGUCAUUUUCCGAAGACCAGCUCGUUGCGUUCCUCUUGGAUCUUCACUUCGCUGGAACUGACACGACGGCCAACACCCUGCUCACUGCCAUCCUGUACCUCAUGAACUACCCACACACACAGGAGCGCUGUCAGCAGGAAAUAGACAAAGUCUUGGAUGGGAAGGAUCAGGUCACUUAUGAGGACAGACACCAGAUGCCCUAUGUGCAGGCCGUCAUUCAUGAGACCCAGAGGAGGGCUGACACGGUUCCUCUCGCUGUUUUCCACAAGACCACUAAAGACACAGAGCUAAUGGGUUACUCUUUACCCAAGGGAACCACCGUCAUCCCGAACCUGUCCUCAGUGCUGUUCGAGGAGGGACAGUGGAAAUCCCCCCAUGAAUUUAACCCUGAAAACUUCCUCAACGACCAGGGGGAGUUUUUUAAACCAGAGGCCUUCAUGCCUUUCUCUAUAGGUCCUCGGGUGUGUCUCGGAGAGGGUCUGGCUCGUAUGGAACUGUUUCUCAUUGUGGUGACUCUGCUGAGGACGUUUACGUUCGUCUGGCCCGAGGACGGAGGAGAGCCAGACUUCACGCCCGUGUUUGGGACGACUCAGACGCCUAAACCGUAUCGCAUGAAGGUCCAACUCAGAGGAACCGACACAACAACUCAAACCGGACUUCAUCCUAAUAAUGUGACUUACUGAAGUUCUAUGCAAUUCUGAAUAAUGUGAGAAAAUUAACUGUAAACCUUUCUUUUGAGUGUAUGAUCUCAAUUACUUCAAAAUACAUAUGUAUAGCAAGAGUAUUUGUGGAGCACAUUUCAACAGCAAGGCAAUUCAAUGUUCUUUUCAUAAGUUGUAAGAGGCGGCAUGAUGAAUUGUAAAAGCAACAUGAGAGAAUACAAAACAUACUUUUAAAAUGGCAAUUGAGAAAUUAAAUGUUUAAUGUUUUGUAUUUUCAUAAGUAAAAACAAAUAAAUAAAUGAAUACAUAAUAAUUGUCAUUCAAAGUUAAAAUGAUCCACAUCUGCUCUCAACUGCCAAUUGUUUGUGAAUAAUAUUGUGUUUGUGAUGUUCAUACUAUUGAGGGGUCACACCCCCAAGUGUCCAAAAUAUGAACAAACAAGCAAAACACACACACACACACUAAUAAGGACCAUCUACUAUGAGGUCAAUGUUUAUGCUGUAAAAGGUCAACAAAAUAGAACACACACACACACACACACACACACACCUACACACCUAGCUCUUGCUUCAGUGAGUCUCCUGUCCGUCAUCUGGUGUUGUUGUUGUGGUGUUAAUACACAAAUAAAACGUCACUUUAA